AUGACGAAGAUCAUCAUAAUUGGAGGUGGGAUCUCAGGGUUGAGCGUCUAUCUCUUCCUACAUAAGCAUCUACUGUCUUCUCCCACUUCCGCACGUUGCGAUGUACGCAUCUACGACCCUCACUCCAUCACGGCGUCCAACUUCCCAGGGCUACGGAAGCAUGCCUCAGACCCGGCAGAUGUCGAAACCGGAGAUACUGAGCAAUCCGACUCCUCCACCUCUCCUACCACCAUAGGAGGCGCCGUGGGAAUUUCAAGGAACGGAUUGGAUGUCAUUUCCCGUCUUGAUACGGACCCGUUGCGUAAUACUACCAUCAAGCAGACGGUCAUUCGCGGCCAUCCAAUCCAGUACUGGGAUAUCAACACGGCGCGUGGAUUCAAACUUGCCAGUAUCAGGACGAGCUCUACGAAGAAACGUGCGGAUCCACCUGGUGACAGGGUCAGUGUCAGGGACGGGGACAGGGACACGGCGAGUGAAGUGCCUGACAUGGUCAUGAUAGCACGGCAAGUGUUUGUUGAGAUCCUCUACGAUCGAUUCAAACAGAUUGCCCCUACUCCCAAGGACACUCUACAGCAUAAAAAGGUGGUCGACGUCGUCGUUGGAGACGAGCAGACACCUAACAUUGUCAAAUUUGCGGACGGGACUCAGGAAGAAGCAGACCUUGUCAUAGGAGCUGAUGGCUUGCGGAGCGUCCUCAGGAGAGCAAUGUUUGCGUCUUCCCAGGGAAACAGGACAGACGUCGAGGGCCACGAAGAUCGAAGGUGGUAUCACUCGUGGCUCGAGCGGGCGUCGUUCGGUUUGAUGAAAGUCCAAGACAACAGCCCCAAAUGUGACUACAUCACACCUCACUACGAAGGUCUAGUCGGACUAGGUGGUUUCGUUCCUUCUUCGAUACUCAGGUCGACCGGACACAGGCCGGGAAGCAUGUCGAUUGUGUUUGGCCCGAAUGGGUUUUUCGGGUAUGGAUAUCUUACCUCGCAUGUGGACCGAUCGCGCGAAGAAGAUUCUUCUUCUGCUUCUGAUUCUGAAGAAGCAGUCCGAGAAGGCCCAUUGGCAGGAUGGUGGUCGACAUUUUCUUCCAAGGAUCCAUACCCCUUCCACACGACGGCAGACGAUGCACAGAAUCGACGCGACGACGACAGUACCAACAACCGAUCAUUUGAUCCUUUCCGGGCUGUGACCUCGCUGGUAUCCCGACACUCGACGUGGAAGAACUGCUCUGUGUCGGCAAUCGUGAGAUACAUCCGGCAGUCACACGCCCAAGGGUAUGGCAAUCCACGCAAAUCCGAAGCGACAUCUGGAAGCGUGCGUGAUGGUGCGGGCAUCGAGACAGAUUCGAGAUUCGGCCUGCUACAGACGAGUUACCCGACGUAUACCACCCCGGAGCUUCCACACUGGCACGUCGGUGGGCGCGCCAUACUGAUCGGCGACGCCGCACACGCUUUGCAGCCCAGCUCAGGACAGGGUGCAAGUCAAGCGCUCGAAGACAGCGAAGCGCUGGCGUUGGUGUUGGCGCACCACUUCAACUUGUCGUCGUCGUCGUCGUCGUCGUCGUCUGCCUCUCUAUCGUCUCCGGCGGCAAGUACCGGUGGUGGCAUUCGGAACACAGAGCAGCGGCGGCACUCGUACCCUUACAAGGCUGUCGAGAAGGCUCUGGUGACGUUCGAAACAAUACGCAAGCCACGGGUACACACGAUAUACGACUAUUCGCAGAGAAUGAGUCGGAUGAAGAGUGACAUGGGUUUCGUCAUGGAGUGGAUCAUGUCGUCUUUCAAUCGGUCGUACAAUGACGUCUUGAUCGAGUACGAUUUGCCGUCAGUUGUAAGGGAGACGAUUGAUGGCGUUUGA